CAAACUCAGAUCCGAAAUGCCCAAAUUCGGGUUGCUUUACUCCACUCGACCCUCGUCCUCACUCUUGAUUCCCGAAAGCUUCCGAACCCUAGAAUUUUCAAUUUGUUCUUCCCACGAAGCCUCGCUUUUCUUUCUUUACUUACCGCCAAUUUCAAAUUCCUUUCAACCAAUCAAACCAAAAAACUCCCCAAAACCAAAACCCUAAAAAAGGAAACCAUAGAAGGGGCGAUGGAUGGUAUUGAACCUUGCUCUUUUAAUCGCCAUCCUCAAUAUCCUCGUUCGACCAGAACUCGUCAUGUGUACAGUUACGGACCAGACGAAGAGCUCGAUGAUGAUGAAGAAAUGGAACAUGAAAACGACGACAUAGAUGACGAUAACGACGAUGACCCAGAUGUAUAUUACCGUCGUGUCAAAGAAAGCAAGCGUUUUGAAAGGUACCCAAAGCGGCAGAAGCUGCGGACUUCAGUCCCCAGCUUCCAGUACACACCCGACCCUGGAGAUAGCUUCAAAACUGCAUACGAUUGGUCCCAGCAAGAGAUUUAUGUUCUGUUAGAAGUUUGGGGGAAUAGGUUUUUGCAAUUGGGGAGGAGGAGUUUGAGGGGCGAAGAUUGGGUUGAUGUAGCUGAGAAAGUUAGUGAUGCUUUGAAGAGUGUGAAAAAUGAAGCCCAGUGUAGGCGUAUGAUUGAUGGGUUGAAGAGGAAGUUUAAGAAAGAGAAGUCGAAAGCAGCGAAAAUGGGGUUGAAUUCAAGUAAAUGGCCGUUUUUUAGGAAAAUGGAGAUGUUAAUGGGGUUGGGUUCUUCGUUUAGGCAACAAGAAUCAUGGUUGGCUUGUGGAGUGGAUUCCGGGGAGUUUGUGUUUAUGAAUCCGCAGGUUUAUUUGGAUAGGUCCACCGGUUUUGAUGAGAUGAGGGAUAGUCCGGCCGAGUCAGAGAUGGAGGAGGAUGGAGAAGAGGCUGGUGGAGAGUCGAGGGUGGAAGCCGAAGUACACGAUGAGCAUUCAAUGAGGAUGUUGGCUGAUUCGGUGCAGCGGUUUGGUAAGAUAUAUGAGAAGAUUGAGAGUAGUAAGAGGGAGCAUAUGAAGGAGUUGGAGAAGAUGAGAAUGGAUUUUCAGAAGGAAUUGGAGGUACAAAAGAAGCAGAUUUUGGAGAGGGCACAAGCAGAGAUUGAAAAGUUGAAGGAAGAGGAUGAUGAAGAGGAGACAAAUGAUGAGGACAACGAUAAUGAAAAUUCCGUGGAGAAUUUUAGCGAAUAGGUUUCUUGGUGUGUAUUUGUGUAUCUUUGUUUUGGCAUAUCAAAUUGUUUUCGUUAUUGUAGACCAUUUAAUGUUGGAAAUAUUGCAUUUGUUUCUCCUG